AUGGCAUCUGUUGCUUCCGUUACCCUCACAGAAGAAGUCCCAACGACUCCGACUGCUGGGAUUACCGUGACAGGCAGCCAUGAACCAACCCCAACUGCGUCGCCUCCAACCAAGCGAACGGUAGUCAUAGUAUAUGGUCUCGGCCAAGAGAAGAUUCUUCAAGUUGUUGCUGAAGUGCUAGGAAAGGCUUGGACUACUGUCACCGCCCUUUCAAAGGUUGUCCUAGGCAGCGAUGCCGUGGUCGUGGGCAUUCUGAACAGAGAUUUUGAGAGUACAGCACCGGAGACAGGAGUAGAUGAUUUUUCGAAACUGUUGAUUGUCAAUACGUAUUGCAUCGAUGAUGGGUCUUUUCCUGACGACAGGCUUUCGGAAGGGUGUCAUUAUGAAUUUAUCUACUCGCAAACCCCUUUCUUUCGCAGGGAUUUGACGCGUUUUCUAUCGCUAAUUUUGGGACAGCGACGUCCCCAUGAAGAUUUGGCUAUCAAGCGUCGAACAAAUCUCAUAUCUACUACAUUUCCUGACGUGCGUGCGGCACUAUCGAAUCUUGAUAUUCUGUCUGUCGGCUCUGAUGCUAUCGAGCUUCGUGUUGAUCUUCUAGAGGAACCACUAUCCGAUGGAAGCCGUAACUCAAUCCCCAGUCUCAAGUAUGUCGGGCAACAAGUGAUGCUCCUACGACAACACACAGAGCUACCCAUCAUCUUCACUACUCGAUGCGUGCAUGAGAACGGGAAAUUUCCCAUGGAGGAUCCGGAGUUGUUUCAUAGAUAUCUGCGUCGCGCAAUACAGUGGGGGAUUGAAUAUAUAGACGUUGAGUUGUGGCUUCCAGAAGAGAUUCGCAAAGAUCUGUGUGAUCAUCGAGGUAACAGUAUCAUCAUGUCGGCAUUCCAUGAUUUUUCGGGGACAUGGAAAUGGACAUCUCCCGAAGCGCAGCAAGUGUUCAAGGAAGGUGCUCGGUACGCGGAUAUUGUCAAGAUGAUUGCGAUGGUUAAUACGAUUGAGGAGAAUUAUGAAUUAGAAUAUUUCCGGUCGACGAUCAAGGCUAAUUACUCAUAUCCAUUACUGUCGGCCGUCAACAUGGGUCCGCAGGGUCAGCUGUCGCGAGCUUUGAAUACUGUCUUUUCGCCCAUCACGCAUCCUCUCUUGCCCAUCAUCGCUGCGCCUGGUCAGUUGACUGCGGCCGAGAUCAAUCGGGCAUUGCAUAUCAUGGGUCAACUUCCUAAACGUGAUAUGUACGCUAUUGGCUCSUUCCGGUCUACAUCACAAUCAAUGUUUAUGGAAAAAUGCUUCAACGAGUUGGGUUUACCGCACAAUUUCAGCUGCAUCGAUCGCGGUCCACGAGGCUCAAUCGAAUCGGUCAUUAUGCAACCCAACUUUGGCGGCGCAUACGUCAACCCACCUCUCUCCAGUUCUGCUCCAUACAUACCAACCAAAAGCGACGCAGCACGCGCUAUAGGUCUGAUCGACACCAUCACCGUCAACGGCUCAGACGGACAACACAAAUUCAUCGGCGAAAACGCAACAUGGAAAGGGAUCCGCGCAACACUGACGAGAGACUACAUCCCAUCCGCAUACCGCGGUCGAGCAGUGAUUGUUUUAUCUAGUUCCGAAAGCGACGCCGCAGCAGCCAUUUUUGCGCUUCGAAGUCUCGACGUCGGAACUAUCUAUACCGUCGGCUUCAAGGCCUCGGGCCCAUUAGCCGCUGGUCUUGAGCCGUUUACAUCCAUCCAAUCUGUGAAACUGGUCGAGCAACCUUUCGUCAUUGUCUCGGCCCUACCGCCCGAGAAAUCCUUGCUGGUACAGCCUUUACUCCGCCACUACCGAAGCAACGGCCACGCUUCACCACCAUCUACACGUGGCAAAGUGUUUUUAGAUCUAACGAGUGGUCAACGCAAAGGUGAUCCGUUGGGCGUAGCGACCAGCGCUGGAUGGACGGCGUAUGGGAUUGAUGAUGUCAAUGUCUGGACGACCGUAGAGACGAUGCGGUUACUGGUAGGACAGAAUGUGCCGUUUGACUUUGUCCGGAUGGCGUCGGGGCAUGGGCUGUAUUGA